CGACAAACAAGCGGUAGGAACGGAGCCGUUUGAUUGGAUAUUUUCUGAGGACAGACUCUGCUGCUUUCUGUACACAUCUUUCUGCCCAAGGCGAUAAGGCUAACAUCUUUCUUCGCUUUGAAGCUUCGUCCAACCGUCGCAGAGCUGAACAGAGGUUUCGAAUGUAGCUACAACAACGGAGACGGUUUUACUGUCGGUUAUGAUUAAUGGCAUGUAACGUAACCGCAUUGUCCCUGUCGUUUAUCAGGUGUGACAGAACAAGCUGAAGCUGCAAGGUAACCGCCUGACAACUACUACCUUCAUCAGACUUGUCUACAAAGUCUUUAAUUUGUUCUUGACACCAGCAACCUCAAACUGGCUGAAAUGGAUGAACAAAGUGUGGAGAGCAUUGCAGAGGUGUUUCGCUGCUUCAUAUGCAUGGAGAAACUGAGGGAUGCUCGCCUCUGCCCACACUGCUCCAAACUGUGUUGCUUCAGCUGCAUACGACGAUGGUUAACAGAGCAGAGAGCCCAGUGUCCACACUGUCGUGCUCCUCUCCAGCUGAGGGAGCUGGUAAACUGUCGUUGGGCAGAGGAGGUCACCCAACAGCUGGACACUCUACAGCUGUGCAGCCUCACAAAGCACGAAGACAAUGACAAAGACAAAUGUGAGAACCAUCACGAGAAGCUGAGUGUUUUCUGUUGGACGUGUAAGAAAUGCAUCUGCCAUCAGUGUGCUCUGUGGGGAGGAAUGCAUGGCGGCCAUACCUUUAAACCUCUUGUGGAGAUCUAUGAGCAACAUGUGAGCAAGGUAAAGGAGGAGGUUGCUAAACUACGCCGUCGCCUCAUGGAGCUCAUCAGUCUGGUGCAGGAAGUGGAGAGGAACGUUGAGGCUGUCAGAGGAGCCAAGGACGAGAGAGUCCGAGAGAUACGAAAUGCUGUGGAAAUGAUGAUCGCACGUCUGGACAAUCAGCUCAAGAACAAACUCAUCACUCUCAUGGGCCAGAAGACGUCCUUGACCCAGGAGACAGAGCUGCUGGAGUCACUGCUGCAGGAGGUGGAGCAUCAGCUUCACUCCUGCAGCAAAAGUGAACUCAUCUCCAAGAGUCCAGAGAUUCUGCUCAUGUUUCAGCAGGUCCAUAGAAAACCCAUGCAGUCCUUCGUCACCACACCAGUCCCUCCAGACUUCACCAGUGAGCUGGUCCCUGCCUAUGACUCCAGCACAUUUGUUCUUGUCAACUUCAGUACUCUGAGGCAGAGGGCUGACCCAGUGUAUAGCCCACCACUACAGAUAUCUGGCCUGUGCUGGAGACUCAAAGUUUAUCCAGAUGGUAACGGUGUGGUUCGUGGAAACUACCUGUCUGUGUUCUUGGAGCUGUCUGCCGGACUUCCUGAAACGUCAAAGUACGAGUACCGAGUGGAGAUGGUUCAUCAAGCCUCCAACGACCCAACUAAGAACAUCAUUCGGGAAUUUGCCUCAGACUUUGAGGUUGGUGAAUGCUGGGGCUACAACCGCUUCUUCAGACUGGAUCUUUUAGCAAGCGAGGGUUACCUGAACACUCAGACGGACACGCUGGUUCUGUGCUAUCAGGUUCGCUCACCCACCUUCUUCCAGAAGUGCAGAGAUCAGUACUGGUACAUCAGCCAGUUGGAGUCGGCACAGAGUGGCUACAUUCAGCAGAUUAACAACCUUAAAGAACGACUGGCCAUUGAACUGUUUCGCCGUCAAACCUCCCGCAGCUCCUCUCCUCCUGACCUGAGGCUGGCUACAAGCACCACUGCCUCUGAAAGAGACCCUCGCUCAGUGAAGAGUGACGAUGACAUCCACACAACGCUGAUCAACACUAAAAAAGCAGAGGAAGAGGAGAGGACACAACAGGAUGACUCGAAUGAAUUGUCAGAUGGUGACCUGGAAGUGGACUGUCUCACAGAGGAGGAGGUGAACCCUCUGGAUGGCAGCAGCACAUCAGGAAGCUCCACAGCCACCAGCAACACAGAAGAGAAUGACAUUGAUGAGGAGACUAUGUCGGGAGAAAACGACGUGGACUUUAUUGGGAACCUGGAAACAGAGGAAGGAGAACUUUUUGAUGACUUGGCAGGAGCCACAGGCAUGUUUGGAGGAGGCGGCUCCAGUGCACCUUCUUUACAUCGAUGUGUUGCUGCUUCUGCUCGUAGCAGCAGUAAUAGCGGAGCUGGGGCGUGUGCCGCAGGGAGCAACAGUCUUCUCGAGCUGGAUCCCGUCAUCCUGAUCCAACUUCUGGACUUAAAGGAGCGCAGCAGCGUGGAGUCUUUGUGGGGCCUUCAGCCUCGGCCUCCAUUAUCUCUGCUGCACACACAAGCUCAUUCUCACUCCAGAAAAGAACGGGAGCGACGGCCUCAGGUGGUUCGGCGAUCUACGCCAGACUCUGGGGUCCUUGUUCGCCUCAAGGCUCAGAUGGCAGAAGUCCGCAGUAAGAUGUCUGCCAAGAACCAAGUGCUGGAAGCUCGAGCGCCUGCAGAGCCCAGGCCUGGCCCAUCAGGGGCCUUCAGCGUGGAGGAGGUCCCCUCUCAUCGUGCUGACUCAGAGCUUUCAGCCUGUCGCAAGACCAGUGAUUUGGACCUCCUUUGCAGAGCUGCCGUGCGGUCCAGGGCUAGCCGUCCGGCCAGGAAGUCUCUGUCUCCUGUUCUGGACAGUAGUGAUUCAGUGGUUAUGAAGAGGAAUCCAGAGGAGAUGGACAAGGAGCUGAGUGGAGCAGAGUCUUCCACUGAGCUCAGUCACCACCCAAAAGAGGUUGGAGGUGCAGAAGGUUUGCUAAAAGCUAACAGUGCACAGAGUUCCCACGUGUCUCACAGCAGCUCUUCAUCAGACCAGGCCUCCACCUCCAAGCAGCAGUACUCCCUGGAGCAGCAGCAGCUGUUCGCCGCCUCAGGGCCAAAGGAUGGCGGCAUCUUCUCCUUGAGAGCACCAAGCUAUUUGAUUGUCAGUAAAAAUGGCAGCAGCAGGACUUUGGGGGCAACAAUGUUGAACUGUGACUCUGAAGGUUCAGCAAACUCCCAUCAGUCUUUGCUGGAGACUAAUUCUACACAGCCACACGCAAAGGAAGAUCAGCCCUCAUCUGGUCUUGUGGCAGCAACAAGCAGUGACAGUGACACUGAAGAUGAAGUGCUGCAGAGCAACAAUUCCAGUUACGACAACCAGGCUGCUCCCUGCACGGGAGACCAUCUUUCUGAUGACAUCACUCUACCAACUGACAGGUGAUUCAGUCAGAGUUGGUCCGAUCAGAGAUCCCGUACAUUCGACCCUCAGUGAUACUGCAUGACACUGACAAAGAUCUGUUGGUGUCAGUCUGAUGUGUAGAGUAGAAGCUGCUGCUGAUGCAUGAAGUUGAAAUGAUUUACAGCACCUGAUGUUUUUGAUGCACUGUUUGACCAGAACCCUGUAGGUUAGAGGAACUACAUGCGAUGCAUUGAAUUUUUACAGACACUAAAUAGCAUAUUAUCUUUAAUAUAUUGGAAAUACAGCAAAUCUCUGCUGCCUAAGAGGAAAACUUCUACUGCAGCCACUUGUGCAACGACUCUGUUGGUUUGUUUGUUUGUUUAAUUUAAAUUUUAUGCAUAACAAAUAAAGAAUGUGAAAGUA